AUGACGACAGCCAUUCUUCGAAAAAGCGGUUCAGAAUCGGAUUCCCUAAACCAACAGGUUUAUAGAUCUCUUUCAGAUCUAUCUACUGAUAUGAAUCCAGUAAGUUCGAACGGAAAUCGCAAAUCAGGCGAACGGAAGUAUCGAACAUCAUUCACAUCAACGCCUCACUUGAACACCAAUUAUUAUAAGAACCAUAGACGUAACUUUUCUCAGAGUCCGCGUUUAAAUAAUGGCUGCUCCAAUGGCAUUGAAUCAGAGUUAACGUCGGGACAGCAAGCAAGCGCAUCAAAACCUGAGGAUAAAAACACGGAGAAGAAGAAAAAACGGAAUAUUUUUUAUCUAUCUAUCUAUCUAUCUAUCUAUCUAUUGGUUGAUUUGUAUUUAGCUUGCCCAGUUCUUUCUUUCUUUCUUAUGGUUUAUUUGUUUUUAGUUAACCCAACUCUUUUAUCUAUCUAUCUAUCUAUCUAUCUAUCUAUCUAUCUAUCUAUCUAUCUAUCUAUCUAUCUUUUGGUUGAUUUGUCUUUAGUUUGCCCAGUUCUUUCUUUCUUUCUUUGGGUUUAUUUGUUUUUAGUUAACCCAACUCUUUUAUCUAUCUAUCUAUCUAUCUAUCUAUCUAUCUAUCUAUCUAUCUAUCUAUCUAUCUAUCUACUGAAAGAUAAAAUGACAAAGAGAAAUUUCAAUAUGUCCGUUUUCUUUGGCUUACAUACACUGAUGUCUGUGUAUACAUUCAUAUUUCAGUGA